AUAUAUAUAUAAAUUUUUGCAGCAGCAUGCAGCAACGUAUUGGUGCACACUUAUUCACCUAUCCCUCUCUUAUCUCUUCUGUUCCCAAGCCCAUAAAAUACACCCCCUCCAUCUCUCCUCUGUCUCUCUCUAUAAGUUUUGUGUAUCUAUAUAUCUAUUAUCUAUUAUCUAUAUAUACAUACAUACGUACAUACAUCCCACAUUAACAAUUCACCAACACAUUUUCCAAUCACAAUAAACUAAUUGAAGAACUCUUUUUCCUACAUCUUCUACCCAUCUUCAACUCUGAUCAUUUCCCCUGCCACUCUUUGCUGACCACAUUGUCAUUAUCCUAUCUUCAAGGGAAACGGAAAUGGAAGGCGGGAAUGUUGGCAAUGGCGAACAUAAAACGAUGAAGUCUUUUCCGUGUCAAUUUUGUUCAAGAAAGUUUCAUAGUUCUCAAGCUUUGGGAGGUCAUCAGAAUGCACACAAGAAAGAGAGAACAGCAGCAAGAAAAGCGAAAAGAGCAGCUAACACUCAAUGCAACUAUGGUACUAAUUCAUUACUUCCACAAGCUCCACUAUUGUUUUCUCCUACAAAUCAAAUGGGGAUACUUAAUCCGUCUCUGUAUAUUACUGCUCAUGCUGCUAAUCUCUGUCAGUUACAAAGUCAGCAUUAUGGUCGGUUCGAUAAUCUUAUGUAUUACAGAACCAACUGCAUCAAUCAGAAUCCUUAUAUCAAUAAUCAGUUUGAUCAAGAAGAUGAAAAUCAAGGUUUCUUCAAUUGUCAUAAGGGAAGAAUUCAGAUUGAAGAUUCACCAGAACAUAUGUUUGUGAAUGUGAUGAGUGAAAGUAAAGGUCUUACGGAUAAAGAUACUCAAAAGCUUGAUCUUUCACUACAUUUAUGAAUAGAUAUAUAAGUUUUCCUUAGAUAGGAAAGAAUAGGAAAAAAGAAGCAGCUUUUCUAGAUCUUUGUUUUCUUCUUUUGGCAAGUUUUGGGAUUUCAGUAUUUAGAUUUCUUGGAAUAAGGGAGGUAUGUGAGGAAAUGCCAUCUAUAGUGUCGUUUUUCGGGAAAGUUCGAGAUAGUGCAUGAGAAAGCAUGUUUCGCAUUUUGGAUAAUAAUUUGAUACAUUUCUAUUUAGCAGUUAAACAUA